AUGUCUAAGAUGGAUGAAGUGGAUUUGGUGCAAGCCAAUGUUCUCGCAGCAGGCGCUAACAAGAAGUCGGUUCGUGUGGUCAACGGGUUCGGGUCGUUGAUGGGUUCCAAGGGCAUGGUGGAGAUGGACUCCAAGGCGUUCAAGGAAGCCUCGCAGAUGGAGGAGAUCCUGAAGAGAGACCAGGAGGACAAAGACAGAUACGCGGGCAAAAAGCACAUCUCGGAGCAGCCCUGGACGCUGAACAACUGGCACAAACACCUGAACUGGCUGAACAUGAUCCUGGUGGUGUUCAUUCCGUCGAUUGGGUGGUACCUGGCGUUUUCCGGCAAGGCCAAGAUGAACCCCAAGACGAUUGCAUUUGCAUUUCUCUACUAUGCGAUGGGCGGUGCGUCGAUCACGGCGGGGUACCACAGACUGUGGUCGCACAGGUCGUUCAGUGCGCGCUGGCCAUUGAGACUGUUUUUCGCCAUCUUUGGGUGUGCCAAUGUGGAGGGGUCGAUCAAAUGGUGGGGCCACGGCCACAGACUGCACCACCGUUACACAGACACGUACAGAGACCCAUAUGACGCCCGUAGGGGUCUGUGGUUCUCGCACAUGGGAUGGAUGCUUUUGAAACCCAAUCCAAAGUACAGAGCCAGAGCAGACAUCGAGGAUUUGACCGAUGAUUGGAUCGUCAGGUUCCAACACAGACAUUACAUUCUUUUGAUGGCUUUCACGGCAUUUAUCUUGCCCUCGCUGGUUUGUGGAUAUUUCUUCAACGAUUAUUUUGGUGGAUUUGUGUAUGCAGGUUUGAUUCGUGUAUUUUGCAUCCAACAGGCAACCUUCUGCAUUAAUUCGAUGGCUCAUUACAUCGGUGACCAACCGUUUGAUGACAGAAGAACUCCUCGUGAUAACUGGCUAACCGCUCUGGUCACCUUUGGUGAGGGUUAUCACAAUUUCCAUCAUGAGUUUCCAACCGAUUACAGAAACGCAAUCAAAUGGUAUCAGUAUGAUCCAACAAAGGUUAUCAUUUACACUUCGUCAUUGAUUGGGUUGUCUUUUGAUUUGAAAAAAUUCUCGCAAAAUGCUAUCCAACAGGCUUUGGUUCAACAACAACAAAAGAAAUUAGAUAGAAAACGUUCACACUUGAAUUGGGGUCCACAACUAACAGAUUUGCCUGUUUGGGACAAACAAGAUUUCUUAAGAGAGGUUAACGAAAGAAAGGGUCUUGUUGUUAUUUCCGGUAUUGUUCAUGACGUUUCUGGUUACAUCGCAGAACAUCCAGGUGGUGAAACUUUGAUUCAAUCCGCUUUAGGCAAAGAUGCCACAAGAGCAUUCAAUGGUGGUGUUUAUCGUCAUUCAAAUGCUGCUCAUAAUGUCUUGGCAACGAUGAGAGUUGCUGUGGUUAAAGAUGGCCAAGAAGCUGCAAUUAAAUUUGCUGCUAGAAGAGGUGAGGUCUAUAAAACAGCAAAGGCAGAAUAG